AUUCCUACAUUACCCAGGAAGCUCAGGCGGGCGUAGGUGGAGUGCUUCGUCCGCCUCUUGAGACAAGUGCUUUUGGAUCAAAGAUUGAUAUGCUUGGUAUUAGGCCGUAUGACAGGCUUUGCCUUAUUAAGAUGGCAUGGUUAGAUUGUUUGGAUCUCUUUCGCUUGUUUGUCUGUUUGGUUUCAAUUACCUUAUUUCGUGUAUUCUCUCUUUCUCGGAAUUGAGGCUAUCGGCUAACUAGUCAUUGCCUAUUGGUAGUGACUGACUGUGUAAGGAACUUUGAAUAAUUAAGUAAACUGCACAAAGAACUUUCUCUAGAUUUCUAUGCUUUUUUUUGUUUUCUUUUUUCUAAGUUAGAGUUUAAGUGAUCCUGCACACAGCGAAGGGUUUACAGCAAUAAAAGUACUAAAACAACAAGCGAUGCCUAAAAGAACAAUUAGAUUUUGCCUUUACACAAGCUUACUAAGCAAUUAAAUGUCUAUCAUUUAUAAAUAACUUGCUAUCGUGUUAAUGAUUUAGCGUUGUCACAAAUAAAAUAAUUGGUAAUCGCGCAGUGCGUCGAAAAGCAGGAUUGAUCCAGCGUAACACACAUAAUCCGCCCCAGUAUCCAGUAAAUCUAUACAAUUCAUCCAGAACAUACCCCAUCCCAACCAAAACCUUUGGGCAAUAUCCCCAUCUAAAUACAAACAGCCGGUCUCGGCAUGAAACCCACAUUCCAAGCGCACUCGACAGUUCUAGCAACGGCUACCAACCCACUCAUCCCACACCUCCAACUUCCCCUUCACCCUCGCGCCCCCCGUAGGUGGAGGGAACAAAUCGCGGUUCUGACUCAUGAAGUCAUCGAUCUGCCUCCCCAUUACCUGUAGGACAUUUUCCCGAUCAUGUAUUCCAAGCUCAGCAGUCUCCCCUUGCGUGACCGAAUCAGGACCAGGACAAGUCGAGAAACACAUCGUGACGAGCUCAACCUCCCCAAUAAUACAUCCCGCACCCUUGCCUUUAUCUUCGCCUUUUUCAAAUGUGUGGAUGUCGCCGUCGAGUCUGAGGAACUCUACAUCGUCAAUGACAACAGUGUAUUCAUCAACGCGGAAGAUGUCCCGUGUGGUUAGGAAGUCAGACACCGCUCUCCCCGCCCAUUGUUCCACCUUUUUCUCUUUAUCCUCGUUCUUCAUCUCCUUGUUCAUGUCAUCUCCUCCAUCUUCGUCUUCUUCUCCGGCUGGCUCGACAACAGUCAAGCGAGCAAGAAAAGGACGGGCGAAACCAAGAUUCAAAAGAAACGCAUACACAGCCUCCACACCAACAAUUUCCUCCGCCAACGUCCCACCCGCCGCAUCGCCAGAGAUCUUAUGCUUAAUCUCCCACCCCCCGUUGCGCAGUCGAAGAUAAACAUUUCUACCCAUCAACGUGUUCUUCCCCUCUUUUCCGUGAACUUCAACAGCGGGGUCGGCGCUGGUAGUGGCAGGGCAAGGAACGACAGGGUCGAAAUACACAUCGCGAAUCAUCUCGCGUCCUUUGUAUUGCACCACCGGUCCUGCUGCUGCUGUCUCUUCACUGGUGUUGUGCGCUACGAUGACAGGGCGAUCGUGUGCAAGCGUGAGUUCGCCGUGUUUAGCGCGCUCCCUUAGCAGGGAUAGAGAAGUCGCUGUAGGUAGGAAUUUCCUUUCUGCUUCUAGGACUGUUGGGUUUGUUUUCUUUUCUGUCUUUUUCUUUGCAUUCUUCGUCUUUGUGGCCUUCGUUUGUGUGGUUGUUGGGAUGUAUACCCUCGGGGGUGGAAGUUCAGGCGCAGGAGGAGGUGGUGGUAUUGGUAUAUUCGGGACGAUGGGUGAAGUUUUCCGAUUGCGACGAGUCGUUAGAGGGAUAAAAUAGCGUUUGGAUGUCAGCGGUAGAGCAAGGACGCGGGUGGUUGACAGAAGCGUAAUGCGGAGGUGUGGAUGUGGGCGGCGGAGAAGGAGGGUGCUGAUGGUAGCGGAUUGUGGCGGCAUACUUGUUCCUCUCUCUCUUCUUUCCUUCCCUUCUCUGUGUUUGUCUUCUAAAUGUCUUUCUAU